AAUCAGGCACCCAGCUGGAGCGACCUGAACGGCUUCCGGGCUUGGCGGGCCUUUGUCUCUCGCUGCAGCUGGCGCUCCAGGUUGCGUUUUUACCGCUCUGUGUCUUCUGCUCCUAGAGACCCAGCCUCUGUGGCCCUGUGACCUGCAGGUAUUGGGAGGUCCGCAGCUAAGACACUGGGACCCACUGGAAGCCUAGAAAUGGGACCAUUGCAAUUUAGAGAUGUGGCCAUAGAAUUCUCUCUGGAGGAGUGGCAUUGCCUGGACACUGCACAGCGGAAUUUGUAUACAGAUGUGAUGUUAGAGAACUACAGAAACCUGGUCUUCCUUGGUAUUGUUGUCUCUAAGCCAGACCUGAUCACUUGUCUGGAGCAAGGAAAAAAACUUUUGACUAUGAAGAAACAUGAGAUGAUUGCCAACCCCCCAGUUAUAUGUUCACAUUUAGCCGAAGAUCUUUGGCCAGAGCAGAGCAUAAAAGAUGCUUUCCAAAAAGUGAUACUGAGAAGAUGUGAAAAAUGUGAACAUGACAAUUUACAGUUCAAAAAAGACUGUGAAAGCGUGGAUGAGUAUAAGGUACACAAAAGAGGUUACAAUGGACUUAACCAAUGUUUGAGAACUACCCAAAGAAAAAUAUUUCAAUGCGACAAAUAUGUGAAAGCCUUUAAUAAAUUUUCAAAUUCAAAUAGACAUAAGAUAAAACAUACUGGAGAAAAACCUUUGAAAUAUAUAGAAUGUGGAAAAGCUUUUCAUCAGUCCUUAAGCCUUACUACACAUAAGGAAAUUCAUACAGGAGAGAAACCCUACAAAUGUGAAGAAUGUGGCAAAGCCUUUAAGCAGUUCACCAACCUUACUAUACAUAAGAAAAUUCAUACUGGAGAGAAACCCUACAGAUGUAGAGAAUGUGGCAAAGCUUUUAACCACCCCUCAACCCUUUUUUCACAUAAGAAAAUUCAUACAGGAGAGAAACCAUAUGAGUGUAAUAAAUGCGGCAAAGCCUUCAUUUCAUCCUCAACCCUUACUAAACAUGAGAUAAUUCAUACUGGAGAGAAACCCUACAAAUGUGAAGAAUGCGGAAAGGCUUUUAACCGUUCCUCAAAUCUUACUAAACAUAAGAGAAUUCAUACUGGGGAUAUACCCUACAAAUGUGAUGAAUGUGGCAAAACCUUUCCCUGGUCCUCAAGCCUCACUAAACAUAAGAGAGCUCAUACUGGAGAGAAACCCUACAAAUGUGAAGAAUGUGGCAAAGCUUUUACUGCAUUCUCAACUCUAACUGAGCAUAAGAUAAUUCAUACUGGAGAGAAACCUUACAGAUGUGAGAAAUGUGGCAAAGCUUUUAACUGGUCCUCAGCCCUUAAUAAACAUAAGAGAAUUCAUAUUGGACAGAAGCCCUAUAGUGAAGAAUGUGGCAAAUCUUUUAAAUGUUCCUCAACCCUUAAUAAACUUAAGAUAAUUCAUACUGGAGAGAAACCCAAAGAAUGUGAUGAAUGUGGGAAAGCCUUUAACAAGCCCUCAACUUUUACUAAAUAUGAAAUUUAUAUGGAAUAUAAACCCUGCAAAUAUAAAGAAUAUGACAAAGACUUAAGGAAGUUCUCAACCGUAAUUCAUGCUUGACAGAAACCCUACAAGCGUGAAGAAUGUGGCAAAGCCUAUAACAAGUUUAAAAACCGCAAAAUGGUGGGUAUGCGGGGCACGGCAUCCGAACACUGGGGAGCCGGCCAGAAAUGGCGGUGGCGGGACCGAGUCUGUGGGCCUGAGAUCGACGUAGCUCAGCCCUCAGUCUCCUGCCGUGCAGGGACCCCGUGCGUCCUGUCCCGUUUCAGCAAAGCGGCAGCUUUGGCCUCAGCGGCUUGCAGCUUCAGGGUCUUGCAAGACAAGGAAGGUCUUCUAGAAGGAACUCUGAGGCUAGGAAAGGAGACGGAGCUCCAGGCCCACCUUGCAAAGGCGCCGCAGUUUUCGAGGUGUGGCCCUGACAAUCCCCUGCCAAAUCGCCAAGGGCUCCGGGUGCCAUUUGCCCUGCACACGCGCUUCCAGACUCCUAGUUGCCAACCAGAGAAGGGUGGCCUGGAGGAGGCUGCCAAGGACCCAGCCUGGGCCAGGGGGGUGCUGACACCCCCAUCCCCACCCAACCUCACAACCAUGGGAGGCCCUGGACUUUUGAAGCGGACAGGGCGGCUUCCGGGUUUGGCGGGGCCUUUGUCUCUCGCUGCAGCCGGAGGUGCGGGUCUCGUCUUCAUUUCUGUGUCCUGUUCUUCUGGAAGCCCAUCCUCUGUGGCCCCGUGACCAGCAGGUAUUAGGAUCACAGCGAAGAUGCCGGAAUCCCCUGGAAGCCUAGAAAUGGGUCCAUUGACAUUUAGAGAUGUGGCCAUCGAAUUCUCUCUGGAGGAGUGGCAGUGCCUGGACACUGCUCAGCAGGAUUUGUAUAGAAAAGUGAUGUUAGAGAACUACACAAACCUGGCCUUCUUGGGUAUUGCUGCUUCUAAGCCAGACCUGAUCACCUGUCUGGAGCAAGGAAAAGAGCCCUGGAAUAUGAAAAGACAUGAGAUGGUGGAUGAACCCCCAGUUAUAUAUUCUCAUUUUGCCCAAGACCUUUGGCCAAUGCAGGGCAUAAAAGAUUCUUUCCAAGAAGUCAUAUUGAGAAGAUACGGGAAAUGUGGACAUGAAGAUUUACAGUUAACUACAGACUGUAAAAGUGUGGAUGAGUGUAAUCUGUACAAAGAAGGUUAUAAUGAACUAAACCAGUGUUUGACGACUACCCAGAGUGAAAUAUUUCAGUGUGAUCAAUAUGUGAACAUCUUUUACACAUUUUCAAAUUCAAAUAUACAUGAGAUAAGAUAUACUGGAAAGAAACCUUUCAAAUGUAAAAAAUGUGACAGAUCAUUUUGUAUGCUUUUACAUCUAACUCAACAUAAAAGAACUCAUAUUAGGGAGAAUUCUUACCAAUGUGAAGAAUGUGGUAAAGUCUUUAACUGGUUCUCAACCCUUACUAGACACAGGAGAAUUCACACUGGAGAGAAGCCCUACAAAUGUGAAGAAUGUGGCAAAGCUUUUAAGCAGUCUUCAACCCUUACUGCACAUAAGAUAAUUCAUACUGGAGAGAAACCUUACAGAUGUGAAGAAUGUGGCAAAGCCUUUAACCGGUCCUCACACCUUACUACACAUAAAAGAAUCCAUACUGGAGAGAAACCCUACAGAUGUGAGGAAUGUGGCAGAGCUUUUAACCGGUCCUCACAUCUUACUACACAUAAGAUUAUUCAUACUGGAGAGAAACCCUACAAAUGUGAGGAAUGUGGCAAAGCUUUUAACCAAUCGUCAACCCUUACUACACAUAAGAUAAUUCAUGCAGGAGAGAAACCCUACAAAUGUGAAGAAUGUGGCAAAGCUUUUUACCGAUUCUCAUACCUUACUAAACAUAAGAUAAUUCAUACUGGAGAGAAAUUCUACAAAUGUGAAGAAUGUGGCAAAGGCUUUAAUUGGUCCUCGACCCUUACUAAACAUAGAAGAAUUCAUACUGGAGAGAAACCAUACAAAUGUGAAGAAUGUGGCAAAGCUUUUAAUGAAUCCUCAAACCUUACUGCACAUAAGAUAAUUCAUACUGGAGAGAAACCGUACAAAUGUGAAGAAUGUGGCAAAGCCUUUAACCGGUCUCCAAAACUUAAUGCACAUAAAGUAAUUCAUACUGGAGAGAAACCCUACAAAUGUGAAGAAUGUGGCAAAGCUUUUAACCAAAUCUCAAACCUUACUAAACAUAAGAUAACUCAUAGUGGGGAUACAUCUUACAAAUACAAAGAAUGUGAUAAAGCCUUUAACCCAUCCUCAACUCUUACUAAACAUGAGGUAAUUCAUACAGGAGAGAAACCUUACAACUGUGAAGAAUGCAGCAAAGCUUUCAACCAGUCCUCAAACUUAUUGAGCAAAGUAACUCAUACUGGAGGGAAACCCUACAAAUGUGAAGACUGUGGCAAAGCCUUUAACCAGUCCUCAACUCUUACUAAACAUAAGAAAUUAAUACUGAAGAGGAACUAUAUGAGUGUGAAUAAUAUGGCAAUGCUUUCAACAAGUCCUCAAUUUUUAACAGACAUAAUUUAUACUGCAAAAAAAAAAAAAACAAAAAACAAAAAAAAAAACUACAAACCAGAAAGAUGGACAAUGCUUUUGAAAACACCUCGAACUUUUUCAUUUUUUUUGAGACGGAGUCUCACACUGUUGACCAGGGUGCAGUGGAAUGGCGCGAUCAUGGCUUAGUGCAACCUCUGCCUCCUGGGUUCAAGCGAUUCUUCCGCCUUUGCA